UAGCUUUGCAAGUGGAAGAACAUUUGUGACUCAGAAGCACACAUCUUUGAUUUAUCUUAUUGUGUUUUUGUUGUGGAUAGCCAUUUUUGUAAAUUAAUAUAAAAUGAGUCUCUUUGCUAAAAUAUUUGGAUCUGGGAAGAAAGGGGAAAAAGCCCCCACCCCACAAGAAGGAAUCCAAAGACUACGAGAAGUUGAAGAAAUGUUGAUUAAAAAAUCGGACUUCCUGGAAAAGAAAAUUCAAUCUGAAAUUGCUACAGCUAAGAAGAAUGGCACUAAAAACAAAAGAGUUGCCCUGCAAGCUUUGAAACGAAAAAAGCGUCUUGAGAAGCAGCUACAACAGAUUGACGGGACAUUGUCGACAAUUGAACUGCAGCGGGAAGCACUAGAGAAUGCCAGUACGAACACUGAGGUGCUAAAGGUGAUGGGAACAGCAGCCAAAGCUUUGAAAGGAGCUCACCAAAAUCUAGACGUGGAUAAAGUCCACGACUUGAUGGAUGAUGUAGCUGAGCAGAAUGAAAUAGCUUCCGAAAUUUCUGAUGCCAUUUCAAAUCCUGUUGGUUUCGGAGAUGACGUGGACGAGGAUGACCUUUUGGAAGAACUGGAGCAGUUAGAACAGGAAGAAUUAGACAAACAGAUGCUGGAGAUAGGCGAACCUGCAACCGACCAACUCCCUUCUGUCCCCACGGAAGAGCCGGUACCCGCCCGUGGAAAACCUGUUCAAGAGGAUGAUGAUGAGAUGAAAGAAUUGGCUGCGUGGGCGUCUUAAGAGAACACUUUUAGACUUUUAUAAACAAAUUUUUAGUCCAGUCACAGGUGUACGAUUUAAAUAUGGUGGUUUUACUGUAAAUUGUUUUAUGCAGCCUUUCCUUCUGGUAAGAUCAUUUCCAGGUGCUUGUACAGAAACUUGAGCAGGGGUGGGUCUGGACUGUGGCAAAAGAUGUUUCUAGGGGGGGGUUCGUGUCAUGCUCCCCUGGAAAAUAAAUUAAAAGUUCAUUAGUGGCAGAGGGUUUUUUCGACCUGAAUUAUUUUAUUAUCAUCAUUGGUAUGUUUGUCAAAGUAACUGAUAGUGUAUGUGAUAAAUUUAAAGAAAGUUUUUCCUGUUUCGUUACCCGAGAUCUCAAAGCAAUAGAUUUGGUGUUCAGGGUUGUGAAUGAGCGAUAAAAUAAUUAUGUGGUGCGUCUAAAACGUCAUUUGACGUACACGCCUAUUUAUGGAUUAUGCCAGAAACAAAUUCAGGUAACCCGGUUCGUUUUUGUGUAACCUCUUCUGACCAAAUUAUCUCAGAGUAGUUUGUAUGUCUAAACAAAAAUAACAAAGUUUGUUUUUGACACCACUAGAGCACACAGAUUAAUUAAAGCACAUUGAUUAAUCAUUGGGUAUUGGAGGGAAAACAUUUGGUUAUCCUGACAUGCAGUUGUCAGAGGUAACCCACUACGUUUUGAAAGGGAUGUUAUAUCUAUACUUUUCUCCAUAUUUGUUAACAUGUACCACAGCCUUUAAUAUACCAGUCUUGGGGCACUGGAUAGGACAGGGAGAAAAAAUUAUCAGAGAAUGGGUCCGCCAAGAAAAUUUGAUCCAGUUAUCAAAGCAUCCCGGACAAGCAAUUUAUGGACUAAGCUAGAGUAGACCCUUAAAAGCAAAAGCCCUUUAUUUGUGUUUUUAUAUCUAAAUGAGAUUUAAGUUUAUAACUGAGGACCUGGCCUCAUACGUAUACAAAAUAUUUUAAGUCAAGGCUCCGUGCUUUAAUAGUCGUGGUCCAUACAAAAUGCUUGUUGUUAAAGUCUGCAGGCCAUGCUAAAGUCUCAAAUCUAGAGUGCAGAGGUUAAUCACAAGAGUCAGCUAUCAUUACAUAGACUAUGGUACUCAACGUAUUGACAGCAACUUACCUUUUUUUUUAAUGUAUAUUACCACAGAUAAGUGAACACAUUUGAUAUACUAGGCAUAAAAAAGUGAUCAUUACAUGUGGUCUGUUAUUUGUAGUUUGAUGUUAAUUUUUUUAAGUUGAUAACAUUACGGUCAGGGAAUAUUUAGUUUAAUUUUUUUUUAUUAGCAACAGUUGUUAAUCAAUUUAAAAUUGAAAAUUAGCAACUACUGUUUAACGUUUAGGAUUGUGUUUGCGAUCUCUGAAAAUUGCACAGUGAAUCGCAAUGCAAUACUGAACAAAUAUACCCUGAAAGUUCAUGAUUUUGUUGAACCAAUGAAGCAAAGCAUCAUGUUAAACAAUUUGUUUCAGUUCAGAUCUAGAAGCAGAAUAAAUGUCCAAAGAAUGAUUUAUCAUUUUUCGUUUAAAUGUGUGUACAGUCUUUCUUCCAGAUUUAGUGUUCUUUGAAUUGUGGGGCUUUACUGUAUGUCAGUCAAAUCAAUAGUUCCAACUUGCACACCCCUGAGGGCAUAAUGGUCUGUUCCAUAUUUUUGGUUGAUGUUGGGGGCACAUUGUAUAACAUGAGAGUGUACCUAUAAAAUUAUGGAAUUUUAGUGAAAGUCUGAAUUGCAUUGACUGGUUUCAGCACCAGCCUAUAUUCCUACUACCCACUCCCUCCAAAUAAAAUAAAUAAAUAAAAACCUUCAACAAUGGCCCCCCCCCCCCCCCCCCAAAACCCCCAACAACAACAAAACAAAAAAUCACCACCACCAAAACAAGAACAACAUAAAACACAACAUUUAUACAUGUGUGUGUUCCCAAUGCUUUUGUUCAAUAUGGACACACCCCCCCCCCCCCCCCCCCCAGCACAUUAUCUAAUUUUUGGUUGACCGUAAUACUGGAUGUCGACUGCAACAUGUAUGUUUAAAUUUGUAUAUUUCAGUUAAGAUACAAGACAAUCGGAUCAUAUCUUUGUUACCUCAUUUGACACAGAACUAGUACGUUUAUUGUUAGAUCUCUUUGUUAGGUUAAACAAACCAAAAUUGUUUAGUAAGAAGUAAGAUGAUAUUUUUUAUUAUUGUGUUAAAAUACAGUUAUGGUCAUUAACUGGUUAUCUGUAGCAUCAUAGGGCAAUUCCUUUUCAUAUUAAAUAUUAUUGGGUGGUGGGGGGAUGUCUUUUAAAUAUUUAAUUCCCCAGUGCCUGUAAACUGCUGUAAGCAUUGCUGAGCAAGAGUAACUUUGAAAAUCUAAAACAAAGUAGCAAGCAAAUAUAAAAAAAAAUAUAUAUGUACAUGUGUAUAUUAACAUAUGCUACUCAUGAUUUCUGGGAAGAAACGAGCAAUUUCUAGAAAAAAAUUUUUAACUGAACUUUGUUUUAAAUUUAAAAAUAGUAUUGUGAUAAUUAGUUGGGUACAGGGUCAUCGAGCAAAGAGCAACUGGUCUGUAAUAAUGGUUCUCUACAUCACAAACAGUAUGGGCCGAAUUUAUGAAGGUCUUAAAUUGUGAUAAUUAGUUGGGUACAAGGUCUUAAAGCAAAGAGCAACUGGUCUGUAAUAAUGGUUCUCUACAU